AUGGAAUCGGUUAUAAAUAAGGAAGUGAAUUGGUUUGCACCACGUUUAAUGGAAAUGGAGGAAUCAUUCAAUCGGUGUUUGGAAGAAUGCACUGGUGAAACACGAUUAUCAGCCGACCAAGUGACUAAAUUAAUGAAUGGUAAAUACGGAAGCCAUUUAAGCUGGGAUAUGAUAUGUGCACAGUCACGUUGGGCAGGUCUCCUUCCUCCACUACCUGUUGAACCGAAACCUCAAUCUGAUCAAACGAAUUCAUCAACUGUGAAGCGUUAUAAAUCAAAUGUGAAUACAAUUUCACAUCAGUUGCAUAACUCGCGUGUACCAUAUACGAACGAUUCACUGAAAUACAAUUAUUAUCGUAAAUCAGAUUCCGUUGAAAAUCAGUCUGAUCUAUAUGAUUUUCCAGAUUGUGAAACUAAAUUACUGGGAGUUUUGGUACUCACAAGUAAAGGAAAUGAGUAUGAAUUAAUUGUUAAACAACCCUCUCUAAAUUCAAAAUUGUUUUCUACAGUUGGAAUUCUAUCUGGUAAAGCGAAGAAUGCUUGUCCCAGUGAUGUGAUAGGUCUUAUUUUUGAACAGACUAAUUUUUUUGCUUCAUGUGGUGGUCAAGAUAGUGAUACUGGCCUUAUUUAUUAUCAUUCUAAGGGUCUUCAAUUUCAAGUUGACGAAACAACGUUUCUGCCUGAUUCUACAUCAAACUCUUCAACUAAUGGUUGGGUGAUACAUUGGUGUCAAAAGUUGAAUACUUCACCCGGUUCAAUGAGUGAUAUACAGUUUGAUCAACCCUUUAUUCUAAGCAUUGAUAAAGAGCGUAGAUAUAAUCUCAUGUGUGCACAUACUGGCCAACACUUAUUUACCUCAGCUUUAGAAUCACUUAUGCAGUCAGAUAGUUCAAAGUUGUCAACUUUCCAACAUUUUGGUGGUGUUACCCAUCCGAACCACUUUACUUUGAAAGCUGCUGUUGUUGGGCCAGUAUCAGAUCAAAUGCAAGAAGACUUAGCUGAUUUUAUUCAACAGUUGGAGCAAAGAUGUCAGCAACUAAUCAAUAAAGAUAUACCUAUUUCUAUCUGGAAUACAGACGUAACAAAGGCUACGAAAAUGAAAGAAAUUCGAUAUUUCCCUUGGGAGGAAUACGGUGAAAAAGUACGAGCUGUUUGUAUCGGGAAAGUUGAGCAUUCUUUUGGUGAUAAUGAAGCAGCAGAUUUUACGUCUGUUAUAUCAGCAGAAUUAUGUGGAGGUACACAUCUCUCCAAAUUAUGCGACCUGCAGGAUAUAGCUGUAAUCGCAGUUAAAGGUCGCCAAAAAACUGUUAAGGAAUUCACUUGCAUUUUCGGUCAGUCAGCAAAAAAUGCUCAUCAGUACGGAAAUGCUUUAGUAAAAGAAGGUAAGUUAAGAGAAAAGCAAGCUAUAGAGAAUCCGGAAGAGGCCAAUAUCCACGUUAAAUGGUUAGAGUCAGUUUUAAAUGAUCCACUCUCCACUGGACUUCUUCCAUUAUAUGCUCGAUUGGCAUUAGAAGCUUAUGUUUAUCGUAUCAAAAAUAAAACAGAUGAUAAUCCAAUUGAUGAAGAUAGAGUUCAGCUAUAUGUUCAAAGUUUGGAAACAAUGAUGAGGAAUAAAUGUGAAACAUCCCAUACUGCUAUUGCAAAACUUGACUUUGACAAGUCAGAUGAACUUAUCCUUGCAUUUCUGCGACUUAGCACAACUCAGCCAUUUGUUGUCUAUCAUGAAAAUUUAGCUGUUUGUUAUUUCCCAAGACUAAAUUCCAAUGAAACAGCUUUAAAUUGUGCUCAUAUGGUAGCUAAGUGCCUUUCUACUGAACUUAACAAAGUGCAUUUAACUGCAAAAGGUAGACCUAUACGUUCUACUCAUUUGAAUGGUCUUGAACGGUAUAAAUAUGCAUUUCUUAAACUCUUACCUAUAUCAGAAAUGAUUACUAAUUGCACUAAUAGUGAAAUAUCCCAUUUACAUUGGGAAUCCUAUCAUACUUUAUUAUCAGACUGUGUAAAUUCAGUUUUAAUAAAUUCUGAAAGUUGAUAGAUUAAAAACAGUUUUUACAUGAAAAAUUUGGUGACUGCUAUUACUUCGUUAUACGUAGAUGUUUUAUUGCUAAUUUAUUCAAAUUAAUUAAUUUACUUGUAUAUUCCCUCGACACUUCAUGGAAUAAAAUAGCUUUGCAAAUUAAAGUUUUCUUGGAAUUGAAUAAGUGUUUACCAUUACUUUCAUUGAAUCUUCGUGGCUAUAUGAACUCCUCAGGAAUAAUUUUACGAUAAUGUGCGUAGCAUUUUUUAAAAUCAUAAACAAUAUGCAUUACUAUUUAUUGAUA